ACUGGUGGGAAGCGUAGCUUGUUGUUUCUGUGUCCGAGCUGAUAUUUUCACGAAUAUGUGCGAUCUUUAGGGCAAUCAUUCAAAGUGGGAUAGAGCGAGGGGAAUCUUAGUUUAGUUCGUCUUCAGGACUUUCGUCGCUAAUGUCGAGGGGCAUUACCCGACGGACAUAAACAGAAUCACUUGCAGCAGUCCAUUGAUAGGCAGAGACAAGUAGGGAAUAGUGAAAUGGAGUAACGUUCAGAUCAGGGGAAGAUUCAUGUCGCUACGAAAUUGCCUAUCGACUGUAUUGUGAAACGGCCAGGCAACGAAAUGAGCGAGCUUCAGGCAACCGUUGGUCCCCGACCCUGGCGGGAGGCAUCGGUGAAGACCAUCAAAGUCGCUCAGGCUCUGGCCGAGCAGGGAGAUGUGACAUGCCACACUGCCCGUAUGUAUGAUCCUCUGCCUACUGGCCGAGAUGUGCUGGCGCUGCAAAGCAAUCAGCGCGCACACCAGUACAUCCGUCAGAGCCGCGACGUUGUCAGCAAGCUGCACCGUGCGUUAGUCGAGGUCAGCGAUGAAAUCAGGUCUACUACUCGAUGCAAGGAAGCGCUGGAAAAGAAGCUUGACCACUGUCGAAAAGACAUACAUCUGAAUCGACAAACAGCCGUCAUUCGCGAAGAGCGUCCCAAGCGAGAAAAGGGCUAUGAUGGGGCCGACUCGCUCAUAGAGUCAGAGCUCAUGCAACUUCAAGACCUGAAAGCGCAGCUUGAGCUCCAGCUGUACACCGUCAAAGAGCAACUGUACGAGCUGCAUGACUCGCGUGUACGCAUCCUUGCCAAUAUACAGGAGCGCUCCCAGGUUCUCAAGCUAUCCGCCAGUCAUGGAUUCACUAUGGGUGCUCGCACCGACCGACGGAUACACUCUGCGCCUGUCGGCCAUAGUCGAGCAGCCAGUGCACCUGCCGUCACGCUCACCACACCAACAAGCCGUGCUGGAGAGCGCACCAGCAGCCGGUCUCAGCAACGACCACAGUCAAGUGCUGUCAGACCUCAAGCCUCGCAUGAAAGAUCUGUUACUUUUUCUGGCAUGGACACUGGCAGUACCUUGCCUUGUACUGAUGAAGUCUCCAACAGCCUGGACACUGCAAUGCUGUCAGUGAAGGAGUCACGCCGUCAGCGCGAUCAGGCUAGCAGGCUGAUGAGCGACACCACGGCAUUGCAACAGGCAGCACUGCGUUCGGUCAAUGACGGCCUGACGCAGAAAGUGGCGGAAACGGUUACACUAAAGCAACACCUGAUACUGAGCGAAGCAGAGACGCGGGCUUCAAUGCACCGUAACCAGCGCUGGCUAGAACACCAGGAAUUGACACAGGGCUAUACAAUGGGUCCUAUAAACUCCAAGGACUUGACCAGUCGCGAGCGCCUCGAUCGUCCGUUGAUCAGAACUUACCAGAGCCAUCCGGGCACCAACCUGCCCGAAGCCCGAGAGCUGGCACGCAACAGCAACAUCAUGGAGAGUAGCAUGCGCAGAACGCAGCGCAGUCUCGGCAUGCUGCGCCUCGCCAAGAACAAGCUGGAAGCGGACCGUGCCGACAAGCACGCCGCUGCCAAUGUCGACAGCGAUGCCAUACGACUUCGUCGUCGCCAUGGCAACCAUCGGUGGGUACAAUCCAACCCGUUGCCUCGGCCAACACCGGCCGGUUUGAAUGUCCAAGACCUUUCUUUUGCACCCGAUGUGUAAGCCCCUGGUCACAUGUGGCCAGUGUAGCCGUGCGUACGGGAGCAGGGUGCAUGUCUAAUGUGGUGUUUGAGCGAUCUACAUGUACAUGGUACGGUGUGAGAUCUACCGUCGUCUGGCGUUCAUUUAUGUCUGUUUGAUUUUGUAUCUUCGAACGCGUGCUACAACGCGUGCUACAUGACUAACCUGUGAUGUAGUGAUACGUGUUAUGGGUUCCGCGUUUUCCAUUCUAUUGUCGAUCAGUUUCCUUUUUUGUGUACAUAACUUUAUAACAUUAGGCGUAUCCUUGUUAUUUGCGCUUCAAAGUAUCUUUCUUCGUACACUAUUAAAUACAUGAUUGCACACAUGUUUUUUUUAUUGGAUAUGUACAGUAAAGCCUGAAACUAAAGACCA